AUGCAUGGUGAGGAACUGACUCAGCCUGCUUCCAUGACAGUCCAGCCAGGCCAGAGUCUCUCCAUCCACUGCAAAGUUUCAUACUCACUUACGAGCUAUGGUGCAGCUUAGAUCUUACAACCUGCAGAAAAAUCUCUGGAGUGGAUUGGAUACAUCUAUACUGGUGGGAGUACAGCUUACAGUGAGAAACUGAAAAAUAAGUUCAGCAUCUCCAGAGACACUGCUACUAACACAACAAUUCAAGGACAGAAUCUGCAGACUGAAGACACAGCUGUGUAUUACUGCAUGAGAUACACACAGCUUGCAGGCACAGAUUACUACUUUGACUACUGGGGAAAAGGAACUCAAGUGACUGUGACCUCAGCAGUGCCAAGCGCGCCGAAGUCCCUGUUUCCCGUGUGGCAGUGCGGCUCGUCCCCGGACGGUUACGUCACUCUGGGCUGCAUCACGAGCGAUUUGGCCACCGCCGACGGACUGAGCUUCAAAUGGACGGAUGCGAGCGGGAGCGCGCUGACUGACUUCGUGCAAUACCCGGCGGUGCGCGCGACCGGAGGCUUCACCUCGGUGAGCAACGCGCGCGUCAAGGCUGCCGACUGGGACCAGAGCAAGAAGUUCACGUGCCAAGUGGAAAAUAGCGUCGGUUCCAAAAAAGCGACCUUACAAAAGAUAGAUGUGAUCGAGCACCCCCCUACAUCUCUGCUUCUAACAACUCCCACCCAAAAAGAACUAGACAAUGGAACAGCUACCUUCAUCUGCUUAGCUGCACAUUUUUCGCCUAAAUCACACACGUUUAAGUGGACUCUUGAAAACCGGGACCUCGGUUCGAAGGUCAAAGGCACCAUAUUAAGCCAGGAUAAAGGUGCUUACACUGCCAUAAGUAUUUUGGAAAUCGGGGCCUACGAAUGGACGGGUUCAUCUUCUCCAGUGAAGUGCGAAUUCCAGCAGAAGAAAUGGAAAGGAUCCGAAGAGGCGAAUUAUGUGUCAGUUCCAGUUCCAAAGCAGCCCGAGGUGAUCAUCUUCCCACCUUCCACCAGGGACAUACUGUUCGAUCGCGCCGGCGAGCUCGAGUGCAGGACCGACUUGGAUUCGGGUUUCAAGAGCAUUAAAUGGAUUAAUGACGAGGGUGAGGAGCUCUCUUCUGUCAAAAAAGUCCCAACGGAUUCCAAGGUCAGACUCAUCACCUCGAUCAGUUUCGAUGACUGGAGCAAAGGCACCAAUUUCACCUGCGAGGUGGAAAAUUCAGCGUUCAUCCAGCAGUAUAAAUCAGUCGUCUACCAAAGAACGAGUGGCGAAAAACACUGCCCCAAGGUUUACUUGCUCCCUCCACCAGAGAGACCAGGCAAAUCGGUGACCCUGACUUGCUAUGUAAAAGACUUCUACCCUAAGGAGGUGUAUGUGUCUUGGCUUAUUGACGAUAAUCAAGUGGACGAUGUGAAAGGCUAUAAGCACAACACCACUCGGGUUCUCGAGAGAGACCACCUGUUUUCAGUGUACAGCCAGCUGAUUGUCAGCAGUACAGAAUGGGAGAGUGGCGCUGUGUUCAGCUGCAGGGUUUAUCACGAGUCCAUCGAGGACUCUGUGCGCCUCAUAUCCAGAUCCAUCAAUAACAAAGCGACUCCACCCACCUUAGUGAAUCUCAACCUGAAUGUUCCCCCGACCUGCCAGACGUUGGUGGUCACCGUAAUAGAUGGCCUGAGGUUGACCGAGAUGUUCUACCAUGAGACAGAUAUGGAGGAUGACAGCAUGGUAAACACUGCCUUGACGUUUGUGUUCCUCUUCCUCAUCACCCUCUUCUACAGCAUCGGAGUGACUGUUAUCAAGGUGAGACCUGAUCCAAGAAACAAACAGGCUCAGCCUGUGACUGAGCCCAACAUCACCAUCAGCAUCACGACAGCAGACGACAUCGUUCGUCUGCUUUGUUGGUUGGAUGGUUUUCGUCCAAAAAAAGUGAAUGUUGAGUGGUACAAGGGAGAGGAGCUGCUCCGAGAGAAAUCGACCCUGAAAGUAUUCGAAGCUUCCAGCAAAGGAGAAAAGAUGUUUGCUGCACUCUGUGAACUCAGCAUUAAUACAGAGCAAUGGAACGAAGGGACAGAGUUCACCUGUCAGGCCACACACAAUUCCAAGACCUUCAAACAAACAUGGAGCAAGUGUAAAGCUCAUCCGACAUCCAAACCGUUGAUACGUCUGGAGAAACCUCGUCUCGUGUCAGUAUUGACAGAUUCAGAAGUAACAGUCUCCUGUGUUGUUGAGACUAUGUUCAACACCCAAGUGUCAUGGCUUGUAGACGGAAAGAAAAAGAAGGACAAGACGAGCACAAAAGAGACGAGACUGGGCAAGACGGUCAGCAAUCUGACCAUCUCUACAGCAGACUGGAAAACCGUGCAGAAAAUCACAUGCAUCGCUAAACAUCCAUGUUUCAACAAAGUAGAGGAGACGAUCGAUACUACAGAACCUGUGCAGAAAACUCCGACAGUGGUGAUCAGGAGGAUCCUUACAGACGGAGAGAAGGGAGACAACGCGGUGCUGGUGUGUGCCGCAAGAGAUCUGCCCUCUGGUGAGCUCGCCAUCACCCUUCAGGCCAACGAAGCCAAGCUCUCUGAUGCUCAGUAUGUGGACCUGCCCAAAGGCCAGGACACUCUGACUGCACGUUUCACUGUUUCCAAAACGACACAAUCCAAAGACCAACGUUACACCUGUCAGAUUCAGCAAAGCAGUACCAAUAAGUGGGAGUCCAAUUCUACAGGAAACAUUUUUGGUGACCCUUCAGUGGAACUUUCAGUUGUUUCCACUGUGGAUAAAUCGCCUUCGAAGACACAAAAACUUCUUUGCUCUGGAACUGGACUUAACCCAAAGAUCAAGUGGCUCCCCAAAUCUGUGCUGAAUGAUCUCCGUGAAGUAACGGUGCAAGCAGACGGGCGUGUGAAAGUGUCCAGCGAGAUAUCGCUUCCACAGCAGGAGUGGAAUAAUGGAGGGGAAUUUACGUGUGAGGUCAGCGAUCAGGAUCACAAACCUGUUCAGAAGAGCACCAGUGUCUGUGCAGUGACUCCAGCUUCUGCUCUGAUGGCACAGGUUUACCUGUUGGGUCCCUCCAUAAGUGAUACGAGAGCCAAGGAUUUGGUCCCCGUCACCUGUCUGCUGUUGGGCCGCAGGCUCAAGGACUUCUCCAUUAUUUGGAAAGUAGGAAAGGACAAUUACUCUCAGAAUGCGAUCACACAAACUCCUAAAGAGCACAGCAAUGGAACACAGAGCGUCCAAAGUAUUCUCAAUGUUCCGGCUGCAGAGUGGGAAAAAGACACAACUGUUUCCUGUGAGGUGAAACAUCUCUGUUCCAAGAACGCACAGCAACACGACAUCUCGAAAACCAGAGCUCAGCCUGUGACUGAGCCCAACAUCACCAUCAGCAUCAUGACAGCAGACAACAUCGUUCAUCUGCUUUGUUGGUUGGAUGGUUUUCAUCCGAAAGAAGUGAAAGUCGAGUGGUACAAGGGUGAGGAGCUACUCCGAGAGAAAUCGACCCUGAAAGUAUUCGAAGCUUCCAGCAAAGGAGAAAAGAUGUUUGCUGCACUCCGUGAACUCAGCAUUAAUACAGGGCAAUGGAACGAAGGGACAGAGUUCACCUGUCAGGCCACACACAAUUCCAAGACCUUCAAACAAACAUGGAGCAAAUGUAAAGCUCAUCCGACAUCCAAACCGCUGAUACGUCUGGAGAAACCUCGUCUCGUGUCAGUAUUGACAGAUUCAGAAAUAACAGUCUCCUGUGUUGUUGAGACCAUGUUCAACACCCAAGUGUCAUGGCUUGUAGACGGAAAGAAAAAGAAGGACACGACGAGCACAGAAGCGACGAGACUGGGCAAGACAGUCAGCAAUCUGACCAUCUCUACAGCAGACUGGAAAACCGUGCAGAAAAUCACAUGCAUCGCUAAACAUCCAUGUUUCAACAAAGUAGAGGAGACGAUCGAUACUACAGAACCUGUGCAGAAAACUCCGACAGUGGUGAUCCGGAGGAUUCUUACAGAUGGAGAGAAGGUAGACAGCGCGGUGCUGGUGUGUGCCGCAAGAGAUCUGCCCUCUGGUGAGCUUGCCGUCACCCUCCAGGCCAACGAAGCCAAGCUCUCUGAUACUCAGUAUGUGGACCUGCCCAAAGGUCAGGACACUCUGACUGCACGUUUCACUGUUUCCAAAAUGACACGAUCCAAAGACCAACGUUACACCUGUCAGAUUCAGCAAAGCAGUACCAAUAAGUGGGAGUCCAAUUCUACAGGAAACAUUUUUGGUGACCCUUCAGUGGAACUUUCAGUUGUUUCCACUGUGGAUAAAUCGCCUUCGAAGACACAAAAACUUCUUUGCUCUGGAACUGGACUUAACCCAAAGAUCAAGUGGCUCCCCAAAUCUGUGCUGAAUGAUCUCCGUGAAGUAACGGUGCAAGCAGACGGGCGUGUGAAAGUGUCCAGCGAGAUAUCGCUUCCACAGCAGGAGUGGAAUAAUGGAGGGGAAUUUUCAUGUGAGGUCAGCGAUCAGGAUCACAAACCUGUUCAGAAGAGCACCAGUGUCUGUGCAGUGACUCCAGCUUCUGCUCCGAUGGCACAGGUUUACCUGUUGGGUCCCUCCAUCAGUGAUAUGAGAACCAAGGAUUUGGUCCCCGUCACCUGUCUGCUGUUGGGCCGCAGGCUCAAGGACUUCUCCAUUAUUUGGAAAGUAGGAAACGACAAUUACUCUCAGAAUGCGAUCACACAAACUCCUAAAGAGCACAGCAACGGAACACAGAGCGUCCAAAGUGUUCUCAACGUUCCGGCUGCAGAGUGGAAAAAAGACACAACUGUUUCCUGUGAGGUGAAACAUCUCUGUUCCAAGAACGCACAGCAACACAACAUCUCAAAAACCAGAGCCUCAGACCUCAAAAGUCCCACGGUCCGAAUUGUCAGUCCCAGUGACGACAACCUGUCAGGAUUUCACAACACGACUCUUCUCUGCUUGAUCGACGGCUUCCGCCCUGCUGAUAUCUCUGUGAGCUGGGAGCUGAACGGUAUCCGGCAAGAUGAGUCUCGCUUCACCAACAGUCCAGUCAGCAUUCGCGCUGCGUGGGGCGAUUAUUCCAUGCACAGCGCACUGAUAUUACCAGCAUCCAAAAGGGAGGAUGGUGUUUUUUCCUGUGUGGUCAGCCACGAGUCGUCUGAAAAGCCAAUCGUCGGCACGAUAGACAGCAUCUACGCCUCUGUGAACGAACAUCCUCCCUCUAUGGAGCUGCUGCAGGGUCGAGAUGAGCUGGUGUGUCUGGUGUACGGUUUCAGCCCGUCAGCCAUUAACAUCACCUGGCUCCUGAACGGUGUGAGUGUCCAGCGUGAGGACAACACCAGCAGCUCUGCCAAAGGGCCUGAUAGGAAAUUCAGCAUUAAAAGCCACCUGAAUGUCCAGGCUGCUGAAUGGGCACCUGGAGCCACAUACACAUGCCAUGUCAGGCACGUCACUGGCACCAUCAAUCGCAGCAUCUCCAAAACAGAAUUUAUUGAAGAGACGAUAUACUUUGAUGAGAACAAGUCUGAAACUAGCACACUGGAUCAGGCUGAGGAGACCUGGAACAUGGCCUGUGCCUUCAUCAUCCUCUUCGUCAUCUCUCUCGUCUAUGGAUGUUCAGUGACUCUGGUCAAAGUGAAGACGGCAUGAUCAGCUCUUUCGGGCGUCUUUUAGACUCGAGUUUAAUCCUUACAUUAUGUCAUGCUUUAUUGCUGUAUUGUUGUACUUGUCUGAAUCUUUUUAAUCUCUAAGAUGAUAGAUGCAAGUGAGUAAAAGGAAAUAAAGAAGAAAAAAAUGAA